UAUACGAUGAAUAUAUAUUUCGUUGAUACUGAGAAGAAAAGUUAGAGAAGUCUAAUGACUAACUUAUUUUAGAACGGCUAUAUUAAGAGUUACAACUUAUAACUCCAACUUUUAAGGCUGUAAAGUAAUAGGAUACAGAGGCAUGGGUGUCUGUGCCGCAGUAGUAGUACGUAAGAGAGUUGGUGAAAGAAUAGAUAGUAGCGAGGGUAAUAGAGUGGGUAAGAGAGUAGGUAAGAAAACGAGUAAGAGAGUCGGUAAUACAGUCGGGUAUUUAAAAAAAAAUAGUAAGAGAGUCGGGAAAAGAGUGGGUAAGAAAGUCGGUAAGAAAAUGGUCAAGAAAGUGGGUGAGAGAGUAAUAAUAAGAGUAAGAAAUGUAAUAACCUGAGAAAAUGAGGCAAAGACACAUUAGUGAAAGAAUUUUACUCAGGAUCAAUUUAAUUCAAGCGAGUUCGCGAGAGACGCGAAUACGACUAAGAUAAUGUUCGACAGAUUGUGUAAUGUGUAAGGGUAAAGUCAUGUCUACAGCGUGUUUCGCGCCGUGGCCCCUGAUGAGGGUGACUAGUAAAUAUAGAAAUGUUAGUCAUAAGGUUAAGGAAAAUUUGAUAAAUGGACAUUCAAAAUAUUUUGAAAAUAAUUUUUCUAGACUGUUUGGAUAAGCAAUUUCCGAAACUGUUCUGGGAGCACAUUUCCUAGUUGAUUGUUUGGACAUUAAAUUUCAAUAUUACUGUGUCCUGUUUUCACGUGAUGUAUCCAAUUUUAUUUUAUUUUCAUAUACAAAUUCUGAGCGUUUGUCGGAAACUGUACCCAGCAUCAUCGGAAGGUGGUCAUGUCGCAGUUAUGGCUGGGAUUUGGGCUCGCCACUCGGUCCGUGCAGUUGCGGCAGUGAUAAACCAGGACCGCCAUUCUCUUGAAAUCUUCAUGUGCGUCCCAUUCCAAGUUACGACGGGCCUCUGCGGACAGGGGACUCUUGCCGUGCGACGCGUAGCCACCGUACGUUUGCAUGACCCAACGACAGCCAUGCAAGAGCUGCGUAACGUGUCCCUGUUCAGCGAUGCGGUUCCCAGGGACCUGGGAGGGUGCACGGUGCGCGCUGAUCUAAGUGCGGGGGCGACGAACAAGAGGUGUCGUCUCUCCAGGGACAGACUGUCGCUGCAGUCAAACAUUCUCAAGGGAAUAUUGGAGGCAGCUGCCUCCUUCCGCCACUUCCGCGCCUCCCUGUCGGUAAGCGAGCCCGAUGACAACUCUGUCACACUGCUGCCCGAUGGAACCUUAAGUGGACGCCUCGGCCGGCUCCAGCGCGGGGCUACUGACCUGGCACUGGCGCCUUACACCUACAGCCCGCUGCGGAUGCGCCUGCUGCGUCCCAGCACCGCAUACCUGAUGGACCCCGCGAUGGUAAGCGCGAAAACAUGUGGUGUUCUUACAACUCGCCUCUGUCGUAACUUCUGAAUGUAUAUAGGUUUUAUUUAAGGAUUAUAUAAGGUAUAAGAUUAUUGGCUGAUUUGUCUGAACGACAACGAUGCUUAUAACUCUAGCGAGAACAAAGGUUCGUGUCCGUCUGUUUAUUUGUUUGUGCGUUCGUCUGUCUGUAAUGGCGAUAACUCGAGAAUGGAUCGAGAUAGUGACCUAAGAUUUUCAGGGUUGCUUUAUGAAAAGCCAGAAC